UCAAGCUUAAAAAAAGGUGUUGGAAGUUCAAAAUAGACGCAAGUCGAAUCCGUGGUCGACCAUGGACCUGUUCAGAAGUAUCAAAUCCCUAAUUAAAAGAUUAAAAGAGGGAAAGCAGAAGUGAUGAAAAGCAAACCAUAUCCAAAACCCAAACCAAAAACCGGAGACCAAAAACCCAUCUAAAGUUUGCCAGAUUUUUCUCUCCUUUUCCUUCCCCUUAGGCCUUGGCUUAAUUUGCCGAAACGUUGCUUACCACUCAUUAUCUCUCUUCUUUCGCACUGAACCCUCCCCAGUACUUUCCCAACAACGCUGACAAUUCCAACUCCCUCUUCUUCUUCUUCUUCUUCUUCUUCUUCUUCUUCUGCUAUCCUCUCUUCUCUCUUUCGUUUCCCCUUUUCCUUUCUUUCUUCAUCAGCUUCAUGGGUUGAAGAAGAAAACCCGCCGCCUUGAUUGCUUUUUUAGAGGUAUAUGGAGUGGGAUAGUAAUUCGGAUCUGAGUGGGGACGAAGACGAGGGCUUCCUGCUCAACGAUGGCGGCCCACUUCCUUUCCCUGUCCAAAACUUGCUCCAAACGGCUCCUUGUGGCUUUGUCGUCUCAGAUGCCCUCGAGCCCGAUCAUCCCAUCAUUUAUGUCAACACCGUCUUUGAGAUGAUUACGGGCUAUCGCGCCGAGGAGGUUCUUGGCCGUAAUUGCCGUUUCUUGCAAUGUAGAGGACCAUUUGCAAAAAGACGACAUCCAUUGGUGGACUCCACAGUUGUUUCAGAAAUACAGAGAUGCCUUGAGGAGGGAGUUGAAUUCCAAGGCGAGUUGCUGAAUUUUAGAAAGGAUGGAUCUCCAUUGAUGAACAGACUGCGUCUUACUCCUAUAUAUGGAGAUGAUGAGACAAUCACUCAUGUUAUUGGGAUCCAGUUCUUCACAGAAGCAAACAUUGAUCUAGGUCCAGUGCCAGGAUAUUCAAUAAAGGAGUCUAUGAAGUCAUCUGAUCGUUCUCGUUCUGGAUUUUCUGCUCUUCAUCCUGUUGUAGUUGGGGACCGAAAUGUCUGCCGUGGGGUUUGUGGGAUAUUGCAAUUGAGUGAUGAGGUACUGUCUCUCAAGAUACUUUCACGACUGACACCAAGAGAUAUUGCAUCAGUUGGUUCUGUCUGUAGGCGAUUUUAUGAACUGACAAAAAAUGAGGAUCUUUGGCGGAUGGUCUGUCAAAAUGCAUGGGGUUGCGAGACUACUCGUGUUUUAGAGACAGUUCCUGGUGCAAAGAGACUUGGGUGGGGUGGGCUGGCAAGGGAAUUGACCACUCUUGAAGCAGCUGCAUGGAGGAAGCUUACUGUUGGAGGUGCUGUGGAACCUUCACGGUGCAACUUUAGUGCUUGUGCUGUUGGGAAUCGUGUUGUACUUUUUGGUGGUGAAGGGGUAAACAUGCAACCGAUGAAUGACACCUUUGUAUUGGAUCUAAAUUCCAGCAACCCAGAGUGGCAACAUAUCCAAGUGAGCUCUCCUCCUCCUGGUCGUUGGGGUCACACACUAUCUUGUGUAAAUGGGUCUCAUCUGGUGGUAUUUGGAGGCUGUGGAAGACAGGGCCUGCUCAAUGAUGUUUUUGUGCUAGAUUUGGAUGCAAAGCCUCCAACCUGGCGAGAGAUCUCAGGAUUGGCUCCUCCGCUUCCUAGAUCAUGGCACAGCUCCUGCACACUUGAUGGGACCAAGCUGAUAGUUUCUGGUGGUUGUGCAGAUUCAGGAGUACUUCUUAGUGACACUUUCCUGCUUGAUCUUUCAAUGGAGAAACCUGUCUGGAGAGAGAUACCAGUAGCAUGGACCCCACCUUCUCGUUUGGGCCAUACAAUGUCAGUAUAUGGUGGUCGGAAAAUAUUGAUGUUUGGAGGUCUUGCUAAGAGUGGUCCACUCCGGUUUCGGUCUAGUGAUGUAUUCACAAUGGAUUUAAGUGAAGAGGAACCAUGUUGGAGAUGUGUAACAGGGAGUGGAAUGCCUGGUGCUGGGAAUCCUGGCGGCAUUGCUCCACCUCCAAGACUUGAUCAUGUUGCUGUGAGCCUUCCUGGUGGAAGAAUUCUCAUCUUUGGCGGGUCUGUUGCUGGUCUUCACUCUGCUUCCCAACUUUAUCUCCUGGACCCAACUGAUGAAAAACCUACAUGGAGGAUACUGAAUGUGCCUGGGCGACCCCCAAGGUUUGCUUGGGGUCAUAGUACUUGUGUUGUUGGUGGGACAAGGGCCAUUGUACUUGGCGGUCAAACAGGUGAGGAGUGGAUGCUAACUGAGCUCCAUGAGCUGUCACUGGCGAGUUCAGUUAUUUGAUUACAGUCAUGGCUAAUAGAUGAUAUGCAGAUGGAAAAUAGCAAUCUAUUAUAAAGGAGUCCCGACUCAAAACGGGUCCCCGACUCCAAGAUGAGAUAGAACUCUGAGAACUUUGCUUGGUGAACAUUCUUGGGUCACUAGGAAAGAGAAGGAAAAGAAAAAAGAAAAAGAGAACUCUAGACAAACAUUCCUCUGGUCAUGCCAGGACUUUUGUAGUAAGCUGACUGUCCCGUGAUGCAUUUUAUUGUAUGAGGUUGUUCUGGCUCGGGAUAAACUUUGAAAUGACUGACUUGGAAACAUGUUUGUUUUGUUUUUUUUUUUUUUUAUUGGGUAAGGUUUGUGUGAACUGCCUGACAAUGCUCACAAUGGAUUUAUUCUUGGUUGUUAGGAUUGACAGACAGACAGACUGAGACAGGUAGGUAAUUUAUAUAUGUAGGUAUUAGUUGUUGUGCCCCAUCAGUUUAUUUUAUAUUAUUCUGUAAUUAAAAAAAUUACAAAAAAGGAUGCUGCAUGUUUAUAUGGUAUUCUUUUGCUUUAGUUUUUUGUCAUGUCAUAGUAAAGGCGGAGCUCUGCUUGCCAUGUUUCUUUUAACCUUUUGUUCACUUUGUUCUUUAACUCGAUUGGAACUUUUACAGCAUCAUUGUUUCUCAUUCUCUCCAUUUUUUUCUUAUUUUUACGGAAACAGUUUCAGUUUGUUCGUGAAAAAUGUUUGAAUCUUGGAAAGUUUAU